AUGUCCUCAACGGGGCACUGUUUCGAUAUCGGUGCGGCCACCAGUAAUUCGUUACGCGAGUUCGAACGUCGUCAAAGAAAAUUUGCCACCGAGCAUCAGAUUAGACCUGAGCGCUUAGACCAUCUUCCAGACCCUCAUAUACUGGAUCAAUUUAAUGUGUUUUGCAGUGAAGAAGGAGUAGCAGGCAAUGGAGCUUUGAUGCGAUUGGCACCCGUACCUCUUUUUUUCCACAAAUAUCCUGCUCAUGCUGUUCUUUUCUCCGGUCUUAGUGGAAUUAUUACUCAUGGUGAUCGCAAAGCCUAUGAUGCUUGUCGUUAUUAUGGUGCCCUAAUCGUCGCUGCUCUUCAAAAUGAAACAAAAAAUGAAUUACUGCAUGAAGAAUUUUACUCCAAGCAUGAAUCAUGGUUCAACAAUGAUCCACUUACUCCAGAAGUGAUGAAAAUUGCCAAAGGAUCGUAUAAGAGACCUAAGGGAUAUGACGCCGGCAUUCGAGGCAAAGGAUACAUUGUAAAUGCUCUCGAAGCCGCUUUGUGGGCUCUUUGGUCCGAUAAUGGCUUUUUCGAAACUGGUGCUCUCAAUGCUGUCAAUCUUGGUGAUGAUACAGACACCACUGCCGCUAUUUAUGGUCAAUUGGCUGGCGCUCUCUACGGCUUCAAAAAUCUACCCCUGAAGUGGGUGAAACACGUCUACGCCCAUAGUUUUAUUAGUUGCUUGAGCAAGUGGAUUACUUAUGAGGGUCAAUUUUGGCAACCAGAACAAUCCAUACUGAAUACUCGAUUGCCAGAUUAUCUAUCCAAUCUGAAUGUUGUCAUCGUUUCACAAUCGAUCAAGGAGCCAACCGAAGACUCUACGCUAACGCCAAAAGAGAAGUCAGCUUCUUCAUUUGAAAAGCCCCCUACUGACGAACCAUCCAAAAAGGGAAAAUCAAAUUACCCUGGCAAAGGCUCCACGAAAACCACUACUGAAACAAGAUCACGGAGAGCAUCGGCAAGACCCACAUCAGCAACAGAACUUAGUCAGAGUGGCGCUAAUAAAUCAGCUAAAACACCUGUUCAGAAUGUUUCUCAUUCUGAACAUGGAUUACAUAAAGAGCCACAGCGGACACCAAAAAAAUCGAAGCAAAAUCCUGAUCCUAAUAGCCCUCGAAAAAGCUAA